AUGGCGUACCGAGUGCUGGAGGUCACCCUCCUGUCAGCCAAGGACCUGAAGAGCGUGAACCUCAUCACGCGCAUGGAGGUGUACGCGGUGGCGACCAUCUCCGGCGACCCGAUCACUCGCCAGUGCACCCCGCCGGACCCCCACGGCGGCCGCAACCCGACCUGGAACGCCACGCUCCAGUUCGCCGUGCCGCCCACCGCCGAGGAGGCCACGGGCGGCUGCCUCCACAUCCUCCUCCGCGUCGAGCGCAUCUUCGGCGGCGACCGCGACGUCGGCGAGGUCAUCGUGCCCCUGUCCGAGAUCCUCACCGGCGUCGGGCACGGCGCCGACUACGGCGCCCACAGCAUGCCACAGUUCGCGUCCUACCAGAUCCGCAAGGUGCACCGCACCGAGGUGCGCGGCCUGCUCUACCUCACGUAUCGUCUCGGCCCCAUCGUGCUGCCGGAGCCCCAUCUGGAGGUACCCGUCGACGAGUGGCCGGUCGUGGCGUACCCGGCGAAGCAGGUGAUGCCGCCGCCGCCGCCUCCACCGCAGGCUGCCUGGCCCGGGUAUGUGGCCGCGGCACCGCCGGCAAAACCACCUGCCGGCUACGUGGCUGUGCCACCGCCUCCACCUGCAAAGCCAGCCGGCUACAUGGAUGUGCCGUUUUCGCCUGAGAAAGCACCCGGGCAUACGGCCUGGCCGUCUCCAAUACCUUACUGGUACGGGUCCGCGCCAUCACCUGCAAAGCAAGAAGGGCAUGCCGCCGUGCCGCCGUCUCCGAAACCUUCUGGGUACGGGACCGCGCCAUCGCCUGCAAAGCACGAAGGGCAUGUCGCCGUGCCGCCGUCUCCUCAUCCUUAUGGGUACGGGAGCGCGCCAUCGCCGGCAAAGCAAGAAGGACAUGUCACCGUGCCGCCGUCUCCGAAACCUUCUGGGUACGGGGCCGCGCCGUCGCCUGCAAAGCAAGAAGGACAUGUCGCCGUGCCGCCGUCUCCAAAGCCAGCCGGCGGACAUGUCGCCGUGCCACCGUCUCCUGAACCAUCCGGUCGGGUGGUGUCCAUGCCGCCUUCUUCAAAACCAGUCGGGCGUGUGGUGUCUAUGCCACCGUCUACUCCGAAACCAUCAGGUCAGGUGACGUCCAUGCCACCUUCUCCAAAGCCAGUGGAACGUGCGGUGUCCAUGCCGCCGUCUCAGAAACCGGUCGAACGUGUGGUGUCCAUGCCGCCGUCUCAGAAACCGGCCGGGCCUGCGGUGUCCAUGCCGCCGGCUCCGAAACCGGUCGACCGUGUGGUUUCCAUGCCGCCGUCUCAGAAACCGGCCGGGCAUGUGGUGUCCAUGCCGCCGGCUCCGAAACCGGUCGACCGUGUGGUUUCCAUGCCGCCGUCUCAGAAACCGGCCGGGCAUGUGGUGUCCAUGCCGCCGGCUCCGAAACCAGUUGAACGUGUGGUGUCCAUGCCGCCGGCAUCGAAACCAGUCGAACGUGCCGUGUCCAUGCCGCCGUCUCAGAAACCAGUCGGGCGUGUGGCGUCCAUGCCGCCGUCUCCAAACCCAACCGAGCAGCAUGUGUCCUUGCCGCCAUCUGCAAAACCAGCGGCACAAGUGGCCCCGCCACCGUCUCCAAAACCUUCUGGAUACGAGGCCCCGCCACCGUCUCCUCCUAAACCAGCUGCAAAUGUGGCCGUGCCGCCGUCCCCAAAACCAUCAAGUCAUUACACCGUGCCGCCGUCUCCAACACCCGCCGGACAUGUCGCCACCAUGCCGUCGUCGUCUCCGAAACCACCUGUUCAUGCGGUGCCGCCAUCUCCAAAGACAAGCACGCAUGUGACCGUGCCGCCGUCGCCAAAUCCAGCCGGCGGAUAUGUGUCCGUGCCGCCGUCUCCAAUGCCAUCCGGCGGGCAUGUGUCCAUGCCGCCGUCUCCGUCACCAUACGGCCAGGUGGUGUCCAUGCCGCCUGCUCCAAAACCAGCCGCCCAAGUGGCCGUGGCCCCGCCUCCGAAACCAGCCAACUUGCCGGCAGAUCACAACCCCAGCAUGGAGUUCGGGUGGGGGCUGGGCGCCGGCCUGGUCAGCGGCGCAAUCAGCGGGAUGCUGGCCGGCGGCAACAAAGGAGAACCGAUGGCGUACGCACCACAAGCCCCUCCACUCGCCCGCAGCCGUCAAGUGUCUGUGUCUAAGACGUACGGCAGAGAUGUUUACACGCACUAA